AGCAGUAGAUCCGCAAUAGGAUUUUUUUUUCGUGCAGUAUUCACAUCACAAUGCUGUAGCAUAUUUUUUCGUGUCUAAUAAGAAACCUGUAAAAAUACUUCAAACCUAGUGUUCAUCUGUGCAUGUAGUUCUCACAAAUUCUGCAGAAAUGAAUUCGUUCAAUAUUGACAGUUUCCUUUUUUGAGACUGAAAGCCCAAAAAGGAAAUUCAACAUUUUCUCUAUAAAUUAGGAGUGUAAAUUAUAUUCCUGGAUUAAUAUAAAUUAGCGGUAUGAAGUGAAUAGCCUCCAGUAAACGCAGUAACCUAGUCCUAUUUGAAAUGGAUAUUAUACCUGAGGGCAACAAUUUCGUUCUGGUCAAGGAUGCAGACCUGCAUGAUGUACUCAAGACUUUGGAAAAAUAUUUUCCUCACUCAGUUAAGUUUCAUCAAACUAUUAAAACGUACCUGAAUGACAGAAUCUGGCAGUUCUAUUUCUAUGUGAGCAAAACAUGGCCUAAGGAUCCAAUUUGCUUACAUUUUCCUGGAUGUACAUUAACUCCCUACAACAAAAUUUACGAAAGUGUUGGAAUAUUCUGUCCUCCUGAACAACUGGAUAAAAUGUCACUGAUAGAACAAGAAGAUGUUUUAUUCAAUUGGACCGAGCCGAUAUACAUGAAUUUUACACACGUAGGCAUAAUGAAUCAAAUGGAUAAUAUAUUUCGCACAAAGGUCAAUGGUCAGCUAGUUGGACACAUUUUCGGAGAUAUUUAUGUUCAUGAAUGUCCAUCUGAACUGGAAUUAGAGUUGGAACCGUUGCCGACAAACGAAGCAGUGAUUCGGCCACUAAAAAUCGGAAACAUUAAGGAUAUACAUGACUUAUACCCAGCUAGUGAUAUUGAAAGCGUCGAGCUUUUUGAAAAACUGGUUCAUCAGCUACCAGGAUUUGGUGUUUUUAGUAAAUCAAAAAAUGAGUUAGCCGCAUGGAGUCUGCAAUCUUAUUAUGGUGGAAUGUUUUCCAUGCAAACUAAACCUGAAUUUAGGCGAAAAGGGUAUGGUAUUCAACUUGCCCAAGCACUGACGAGACUAGUCAUUCAACGAGGAUAUGUACCUUUCGUGGUGAUAAGACCAGAGAAUAAUGCUUCGCGAAGUUUAUACACUAAACUUGGUUUUAGAAAAGCAUUUGAGAGUGUUAGAGGUGUUUUCAAACCAUACACUUUUAAUGUAGAAGACGAUAAGGAAAACGAGGAGAAUCAAAAUCAAGAUUCCAAUUACGACAUGGAUAAAAAGAACUAUUGAGCAGAGAAACAAAUGGUUUAUCUAUCUAUCUAUCUUCUGCGCACGUAAUAUUUAAUAGCUAGCGUAUUCCGAAUGCGAUCAAUAAACAAUUUGCUUUUUAAUCGAGAAAAUUGAUUGAUAACCAGAAAA